AUGACUGCCAAGCCGUACCUCACCUUACAGAACACACCAGAUGGGACGUACCUCCAACUUAGCACCCUAUUGGAAGGCCACCGCAUUCGCCCCCUCUCCAACCUGACAAGACUAGACACUCACACGCCAAUGCAAUACUUUCUCUAUGCCCAGGUGACCCACUUCAUCAGGGACAACCCUAUCCUGUACAGAGGUGCUCGCGCGCUCUCAAACUUCAAAGUACAUUGUAAAACGAGUAAUGUUAAAACAAAACUACUAUCGACAUUCUAUAAACUCCGCGGCUUGGAAGCCGCUACGGCAUUACCGCCUUUCACGGACUCAUGGGCCAAAGACCUAAACACCCAAAUUACAAACCCCCAAUGGAACACUAUUUUCCGUCAAACGCACGCCACCUCGAUAUGUACCGCGAUCCAGGAGGGUAACUACAAGAGAAUUGCCAGAUGGCACUACUCACCAUCCAAAAUACACAGCCUAUUCCCAAACACACAUGACAUAUGCUGGAAAUGCACCCAAAGGGGAGCCUCACUAGCUCAUACCUGGUGGACCUGCCCAUUACUCCAGAAAUACUGGAACAAUAUAGUGAAAAUGCUCAAAACAAUUACGGGAAUCCAAGUGCCAAUUACCCCACAGGCGCUACUAUUCCUGAUCCUCCCAAGCCCUUUGCCCAAAUCGCAUCAUAUCCUCCUCACCCACCUUAUAACUGCAGCCAAUCUACUCAUUCCUGUCAAAUGGAAAAACCCCAACGCCCCAUCAAUUAGAGAAUGGAUCGCCAAAGUAGAGACAAUCAGAACCAUGGAGGAAAUCCACGGCUCUAUCGCCCACAAACUAUCACUUUUUCAGGAUGUCUGGGACCCAUGGGUCAGAUUUAUAAAAGAUACACAAGCGAUAAAUGAUAAAUAA